CCGGCGCCCCCGCCCCCCGGUGGCGGUGCCGGCGCGGUCGGCGGGGCGGAUCGGGGCCGGCGGGGCGGAUCGGGGCCGGCGGGCGGGCCGAGGAGAGCGGAGCGCACCGCACGCCGCCCAGCGCGAAGAUGGCAGCGGGGGAGCCGCAAGCCAAGAAGCUCAAGCUGGAGCAGAAGCAGCAGCAGCUGAGUGAAAAUGUCCUGUUUGGAAUGGGAAAUCCUCUGCUUGAUAUCUGUGCAGUUGUGGACAAGGACUUCCUUGACAAGUAUGGGCUGAAGCCAAAUGACCAAAUUUUGGCAGAGGAGAAGCACAAAGAACUAUUUGAAGAACUUGUGAAAAAGUUCAAAGUAGAAUAUCAUGCUGGUGGUUCCACUCAAAAUUCCGUUAAAGUGGCCCAGUGGAUGAUUCAGAAACCUCACAAAGCUGCAACUUUCUUCGGGUGCAUUGGCAAAGAUAAAUUUGGAGAGAUCUUGAAGAAGAAGGCUGAGGAAGCUCAUGUGGAUGCCCAUUAUUAUGAGCAGAGUGAACAGCCAACAGGAACCUGUGCUGCCUGCAUCACUAGUGAUAACAGGUCUCUUGUAGCUAACCUUGCUGCAGCUAAUUGCUAUAAGAAGGAAAAGCAUCUGGAUUUGGAGAAGAACUGGAAGUUGGUGGAAAAGGCCAAAGUUUAUUAUAUAGCAGGAUUCUUCCUGACAGUGUCACCAGAAGCAGUAUUAAAAGUGGCUGCUCAGGCUUCUGCCAGCAACAAGAUCUUCAGCUUGAAUCUUUCUGCACCAUUUAUAAGCCAGUUCUACAAAGAGCCGAUGAUGAAGGUCAUGCCUUACGUGGAUGUUCUCUUUGGAAAUGAAACGGAAGCUGCCACUUUUGCUAGAGAGCAAGGCUUUGAGACUGAAGACAUUAAAGAGAUAGCCCGGAAGACACAAGCCCUGCCGAAGGUGAACACUAAAAGGCAGCGAAUUGUGGUCUUCACUCAAGGCAAAGAUGACACUGUAUUGGCUACAGAAAAUGAAGUGACUACUUUCCCUGUGUUGGUGAGUGAUCAGAGUGAAAUCGUGGAUACCAAUGGAGCUGGAGAUGCAUUUGUUGGAGGCUUUCUGUCCCAGCUCGUCUAUGACCGGCCGGUGACUGAGUGCAUCCGGGCCGGGCAUUACGCAGCCAGCGUCAUUAUCAAGCGUUCAGGUUGCACCUUCCCAGAGAAGCCUGACUUCCACUGAUAGUGGUGAAUUGGAGGGAUCAAGAGUAACUUCUGUGUUGCCAUGGGAUUGCUGCCUAAAUUUUUCCUCCUUCCUUUUCCUUACCUUUCCAGUACCUGCAUCAACGCUUCUGUACUUCUGUUCAUUGUAUUCUAAACAAAAUAUGUAUUUCUAUGGUGUUUUCCAUUUCAGACAUCUACCACGUCUCAGUAGUCUUAACUUUUGGGAACAGUGCUAAGUGAAGCUUACUAUCUCAUCCAUCAGGAAAAAGUGUUCUAUUUACACAGUUUCCAAGGAAGUCCCAUUUAAAUGGCACUGCUGAUUAACACCAUUAAAAUACUUCUGUUGAAUUAUCUAGUUUGUAUCCAGCUGUGGCCAAAUCCUAUUCAACUUACAUGAACUCAACAGACCUGACUUUAUUCCUAACUUAACCUUAUAAACAGGGUGCUGUUCUAUCUAUCUAGUAGAGUCAGACCUGUGUAAAGAGUGGUGUAAAUGUCCCAGGAAUUUCCAUACAUACUGGAGUGUACAAGAUCUGGCCAUCAGAUAGUCCAGCUUCCAUGAAAGUACAUCACUGUUUUAUCAGUAAUUUAAAGGCCUGAUCCACAGUUGUGAUAUCUUGCAUUCAGCCAUCUUGCACUGAUGGCAGUUGCUUUGGGUCUGGCCACUUUUAUCUCUCAGUAUGUCUCUAGGUCUAUAGGUACAGUCACUUUUAUCUGUCAGGUGAGCUAGCAGUUAGGUACUUUCAGUGAUUUCAGGGCAGAUGCAUGAGUUGGUGACGAAAAUAAACAUACAGAUAGGUCCUAUCUCCUCCAUGUGUGUUUUCUAGAGGCUGCAUUAAGGUACACAUAAUGAAAAUGAGGUACAGAAAUAUUUAUGCAGGAUACAUUGACAGGAUAUGCCAAAUGGAAUCUCUGAAACGCACAUUUUUAAACUUUUAAUUUACUUUGGAUAAUUAAGCAAUAUGGUGGAUUUUGUUUGUAUUUACAGUAUUCAAAAAGGUGAUCUGACACUGCAUUCAUUACUUUGCUAUGUAAUUUGAUACUGAUAAAUAAAAAAAUUGUCAUACAGUAA